UCGUCUACGAUUCCCAGCCUCGGGAAGGAAAGAAAGCCUGAUUAGAAGUGCCCUUUGAGCUCGGCCAUGGCGUGCCGAACGCUGGAGAUCACCUUGGUCUCGGCCAAGGGCCUUAAGGACGUAAACCUUAUCUCCAAGAUGGCCGUCUACGCUGUGGUCUCCCUCUCCGGAAAACGCCGGGGGCGGCAGCUUACCCCGCCCGACCGCGAGGGUGGUCGCAACCCAACCUGGAACUCCACCAUCCGCCUCACCGUCCCCGUCGACGUCGACCUCGCCCGCCACUCCAUCCACAUCCUUCUCCGCACCAAGCGCGCGCUCCGGGACCGCGACGUCGGCGAGGUCCGCGUCCCACUCUCGGAUCUCCUCUCUGGUGCCUGCGGUGGCCCGCCGCCCGUCCAGUUCGUCAGCUACCAGGUCCAUAGGGUGACGUCCGGCAAGCCCAACGGCGUCCUCAACUUCUCCUACAAGCCCGGCGAGUGCGUCGCCGCCUUCGCCCUCGUCCCCUCGGCCUCUGCCUAUCCGCAUCCCUUCAUGGCGCACCCCACGGCUCCCGUGAUGUUGUACCCAGCAGGAACGAGCUCGGCAGCUUACACAGCGUAUGGAGCGGGGCUGCCGUAUCCACCGCCAGUGGUGUACCAGCAACUGCCGCCGCUUAGUUAUGGACACCCCCUUGUCGGGUACGGAUACGGAUACUCGCCGGCGAGUUACGGGUACGGGUAUGGUGCUGCUCCGCCGCCGGUAGUACAGCCACAUAGGAAGAAAAUAUUGGGAACAGGGCUGCUCGGUGGUGCGCUUGGCGGGCUUCUGGUCGGGGAUAUGAUAUCCGACGCUGCUGCCUACGAUGCCGGGUUGUAAGAGGAUUCAUCUUCAAGUGUCCUCAGCCUUUCACAGAGCACCUUGAUGGCUUGGUCCAACUCUACGAUGCCUUGGUUUUCCAUAUUGUUCACCUCAGCAAUAAAGCUUAUGCUGGCUCAACUUAGCAAGAUGACCAAAUCUGACUUCAUCUCGGGGCGGAAAGAUGUAUCUAGUUAGUUAUAUUAUGCGAGAAAUAAUGGGUUGCACUAUUAUCAUUUAAUGAU